AUGCCUGCUAUCCUAUACAAUGCCAAUUCAAGCUUGGUUUCGAGGUUCCACCGCAAGGUGAAGAGUCGAGGGGAUCAAAGCCUGAACGAGCCCGGCAAGACAAGGUUUCUAUCAGCUUUUGAGAAAGAUACCCUGGAGUACCUCCGAGAAUUGUGCUGCUCGGUGUACCCUAAACAAAUACACGUACAAUUGGAAGCUUGCGACGGUGCCAAGCUGGCGGCCCAUGCUUUUUUUGCACUGGUUUUCAAGAAUUUCGUUUGUUCGUGGUUUGGACCCAAGAUCCCGUCGACGGACCCUGAGUUCCUGUGCGAGUUAUACUUCAUCAUCGAUCGCCUGCUCAGCCACUUUGAAGAGCAUACGAUUGAAUGGGAGCUGUUGCUGCUCGACGAUAUACCUCUGUUGCUAACCCAACACCUACGUGCUGUACGACGCGCUGAGCGAGACAAUUGGUGCGAUGAGGCUCGGGCAAAGGCACUGCUCGACCCGGACUACGACCGCGAUCGUGUUUCUAAUUACAUAUGCUCACUUUUAGAGAGCGAGUCUCAGCUACAGAAAACAUUCAUGCGGUCCCUUUUCGAAGAUCUGUUGUGCGACAGAAUCUUGCAUAGCAUUGCUGACCCUUCACUAGUGCUCGAAUUAGUAAACAAGGUCGCAAGGUCAUUGGCGCGCCCAGCUUCAGCGCUUCCGAAAGCGCCAAAUGAGAAAAAUUCACAGAGUUGGCGCCAGAGGUUGGCGUCGUUCAGGGCCUCUGCGAGCUCAGAAAGUAAUCAGCAGCCCCCCACAAAUUCCAAGCCAUUCCUCCACCGAUACGUUUUUACUUUCGUAAAAUGCUUCACUGCCUUCGAACGGCGCAAACCGCUUCUCUAUGCAUUCUGCAAAUACUGUCAGGCGUUGACGGCACGACGAUCGCUAGUCAACAGGACCCUACGCAAUUUGUUCUAUAACUUCGUGAGAACAAAGCUGGUGAGUGUUUCGCGAGUGUCCGAUCUUUUCUUGACGCUACGCCAUGCUGUCUUCCCCAAUGACACCACAAUGGGCCCUCCCCGCGUGCCCCUGGAUGACGAGCAGAAGAACUGGUUGCGAUUAGAGGGCGAAGAAAACAUUCUAAAAUUUCUGGAGCGCUUGAAGUUCACAUCUAUUUUUGGGCUCGAGCGCGAAGAUGUUCGCAGUUUUGUCAUGGCCAUCAGUUUGGAUCAGGAGAUGAAUGCGCUCCUCCUUGAAAGAUUAAUGGCUUGCUUCAUCGCACACGCAUCUUAA